AUGCCUUCUCCGCGCGACGAAAACGAGCCUCUGCUCGGGCAUCGAGAUGUUGACACCACGAAACCCAACAUGUCGGCAUUUUCUCACGUCAAGAGCGUCCUCUGGGGCCCCGCAUCCAAGGAGAGGUCCGUCGUGAUUAAGUUGGACUUCACCAUACUGCCCUACUUCUCGUUGAUAUGGUUCCUCUUUGGCGUAAACCGUGCCAGCUACAGUCAUGCCUACAUCAGCGGCAUGAAAGAGGACCUCGGCUUCCAGGGCACUGAUUACAACCUCAUGAGCACCAUCUAUCUGGUCUUCUACGCCGUCUUCCAGAUCCCGUCCACCUCACUGCUUACGCUAGCCCGACCCAAGUACGUGUUCGUAGCCGCAAAUGUGACGUGGAGUGUCCUGACUCUCAUCACAUUCCGUAUGCAGCAUGUGUACCAGCUGUUCAUACUGAAUGGUUUCGAGGGCGCAUUUUCGGCCAUUGCUUACGUUGGCGCGCAUUUCAUAUAUGGCUCAUGGUAUAAGAAAUCAGAAUUGAGCACCAGAGCGGCCAUCUUCUGCUGCUUUGGGCAUCUGGGCAGCAUUGCGGGUGGAUGGAUCCAGGCUGGUCUGAUCACCUCACUUGAUGGCAAGGGUGGACUUCCGGCUUGGCGGUGGGUAUUUGUGAUCGUUUCGGUCAUCACAAUUCCUGUCGCUGCAUUAGGUUGGGUCGUUAUUCCGAACCUGCCCAUACACAAGAGCGCUUGGUAUCUCUCAGACGAGGAGAAGGACUUGGCUGUUACACGACUCGGCAAAUUUAAGAAAGCAAGCUGGGACCUGACCGUUUUUAGACGCGUACUUCUGAGUUGGCAGUUUUGGUUACUCCCAUUGAUCUUCAUGCUCUACUCUCUAUGCGUACAGUCCCUCGGAAACAACGUUAUGCCACUAUGGAUGGCCUCGAAGGGUUAUACCGUCAUUCAACAAAACACAUACCCUACAGCGAUCUAUGCAACCGCCAUCCUUGGCACCGUCAUCUACUCAAUUAUCUCCGACAAGAUUCAAUCACGAUGGCAACCAUCGCUGGCUAUCGGCUUGACAUUCAUCAUCGGCAGUGCGAUCCUCGUAGCUGACCCAGUAGCCGACGGCGCACAUUUCUUCGCGUUCUAUCUUCUGGGUACGACAUAUGCACCACAGGCUGUGUGGUAUUCAUGGAUGGCUGACGUAACUGCUCAUGACAUCCAACUCAGAGCAAUCACAACUGGGUUCAUGAAUUCGUUUGACUUUGCUUUCGUGACCUGGUGGCCGCUCAUCUUCUACCCAGUCACGGAUGCGCCCAACUACGAGAAAGGUUACAUCGCCAGUCUGGUGACAGGAGCUCUGGUGAUUCCGUUCAUUGGGCUCAUCGCCUAUCUCGAGAAGAGAGACCGUGCAGCCGGAAAGAUCGGCAUGAGUUAUGACGAUGAAGAUGACGAGACUGAUGACCUGGCCCGAGAGGACAUCAACAGCCAGGCCGCGGACGCAGGGGUGGCUCCGAAUGCGAAAAUCGUGCCUACCGUCAAGGCUACCGACUUUCAAUAA